UUAUCUCUGCCACUUGCCUGUUCCUAUAAUUUAUAUUUUAUAAAUUAUAACUUGUAAGAUUGUUUAAAGUAUUAAGUGUUCUAUGUUAAUAUAUUACCAAUUGUUAAACAGUAAUUUAUGCUUUAUAAAUUAUAAUUAUUUGCAAAUACGUAUGUUGGAUAUGUUCUGAUAAUCUUGCACUUAGAAUUUAUCAUACUCAGUAUUUACAUGUUGAUAAUAAUAUUUGAUUGUUAUUUCAAAAUUAACUUACAAACAAUUCAGUUUUAUGCUAAGAUUUGUCUGUAAAGGUAGUUGACAAAAUGCCAUCAAACGUGAAACAUAUUAUAUUGGUGAUGUCUGGUAAAGGAGGAGUUGGUAAAUCAACUGUGAGUACCCAGUUGGCACUUGGAUUAGUAGCUAAAGGAUACCGGGUUGGUAUAUUGGAUGUAGAUUUAUGUGGUCCAUCAGUACCGUUUUUGUUAAAACUCGAAAACCAAGAGGUACAUCAAUGUGAGGCUGGUUGGGUACCAGUUUAUACAGAUGAGUCAAAAUCUUUAGGUGUGCUUUCAAUUGGAUUCUUGACCAAAUCCAGAAAUGACAGCGUAGUGUGGAGAGGGCCAAAAAAGACUGCAUUCAUAAAACAAUUGCUUUCUGAUGUUUUCUGGGAAGACGUUGAUUAUUUAAUUAUUGAUACACCACCAGGCACAUCCGACGAGCACAUAACAGUUAUGGAGAAUAUUAAAGAAGCUCCAUGUGAUGGAGCAAUACUUGUGACAACUCCACAACAAAUUGCUUUAGAUGAUGUCAGAAAAGAGUUGUCAUUUUGUCGUAAAACUGGUAUUCCGAUACUAGGUAUUGUCGAGAACAUGAGCGGAUUUGUUUGCCCUAAUUGUUCUGAGUGUACAAAUUUGUUUUCAUCCAAAGGUGGAAAAUCAUUAGCUGAACAUUUUCAAGUUCCCUUUUUAGGAACUGUACCAAUAGAUCCAAGAGUAUCUUCAGAAACAUCAAAAUAUGUUGGUUUAACUCAUCCCGAAUCACCAAUGGCAAUGUCUUUUAACUCAAUUGUUGAUCGUGUAAUAAAUCCAAACUAAUUAACCUAA